GAGACAUGGAGAGCGCGAGCACGGCGUCCGGCGAUGAGCGUGCCGGCGAUGUGCACGUCCUGCUGGUGCCGCUGCCGGCCCAGGGCCACAUGAACCCGAUGAUCCAAUUCGGCCGGCGCCUCGCUUACCACGGCCUGCACCCCACGCUCGUCGCCACGCGGUACGUGCUCUCCACGGGCCCGCCCCCCGGCGACCCCUUCCGCGUGGCCGCCUUCUCCGACGGCUUCGACGACGGUGGCAUGGCCUCCUGCCCGGAUCCCGUCGAGUACUGCCGCAAGGCCGAGGCCGUGGGGUCCGAGACGCUGGCGCGGGUCAUCGCCGCCGAGGCGCGCGCCGGGAGGAUGCCGUCCGUGAUGGUCUACGACCCGCACAUGGCGUGGGCGCCGCCUGUGGCAAAGGCGGCCGGCGUGCCGACCGCGGCGUUCAUGUCGCAGUCGUGCGCCGUGGACCUGAUCUACGGUGAGGCGUGGGCGGGGCGCGCGCCGCUGCCCAUGGCCGACGGGAGGGCGCUGCGUCGCCUGGGCGCGGUGAGCGUGGACCUCGGGCCCGAGGACCUGUCGCCGUUCCUCGUGUCGCCAGAGCUGUACCCCAAGUACCUCGACGUGUCCAUCCGGCAGUUCGAGGGCCUCGAGGACGCCGGCGACGUGCUCGUCAACUCCUUCUGCGACCUCGAGCCGCAGGAGGCGGAGUACAUGGCGUCGAGAUGGCGCGCCAAGACGGUCGGCCCGACGCUGCCCUCCUUCUUCCUCGACGACGGCCGUCUGCCGUCGAACAAGGCCUACGGCGUCAACUUCUUCAGCAGCGACGCGCCGUGCAUGGCAUGGCUGGAUCGGCAGCCUCCUAUCUCAGUAGUCCUCGCGUCCUACGGGACGGUCUACAGCCUCGAC